CCUGUUUCCUGUUGGGGCCCUUUUCUCCUUGGAUAUGUAUAAAGAGCUCUCCUAAUAUUUAACCCAUUCACUUCCAGGUACUUUGGUAAUCAGCGGUAUAAGUCCAGGCCUUGUAAGGAUCGUUGGUGUGAUGAGCAAACUCAGCCUAUGUAUGCGCAAUAAUGGAAAGCUCUACGGAUCGACUUCCUUGACUAGCGACGAUUGUGUUUUUAAACACAUACUGGCAGAAACGGACUACGACGUUUAUGAGUCCAUCAGGUACAAGUUCCUUGUCAGCCUAGGAAGGGUUAAGGGAGUAUUGGGUCCCAAUCGGAACCUACCACGUUUUUCUCAGUUUUUAACUAGAAGGAAUGAAAUCCCCUUAAGCCAGUUCAACACGCCACCACCUCAGCCUCAGCCUCAGCCAGCAGUCCCCACGGACAAUGGGGAGGACCCAUGUGGGGGCAUCUUGGAUGGAAGGAUACCGGAAGAACAACCAUUGGUGAAUGGCAUCCAUCCCUGCUUCCUCGAGGAGGAUUACAGAUAAACAAAAUAAUGGGUAUAUAAAUCAUUAAAAAAAAAAAAAGGCUUUAUGCAUCUUGGAAGGAAAAAUAGGCAGAUUCCAAGUAUGCAUUUGGGAUAGUGCAUACAUUUGGCAAAAUAUGGGUGGAGUCAUUGGGGAAUUCAAGCUAUUGUAGAUGAACUUUUAAAACGCUAUGGUUGUAUUGGGAUAUAUCCUUUAGCAAAAUCAAUUAUAAACAAAUGUUUGAUUUGUAAAAAGGUGAAUGAACAAGCUGUCAGGAAACAACAGAUGGGUGGGAGACCACCAGCUUUAAGACCAUUUCAAUGUAUUCCAGUGGAUUUACAGUAUUACCAAAAGUGGGGAGAGUAAAAUAUUUAUUGGUCAUAGUGGACCACCUCACAGGGUGGGUUGAAGCUUUUCCCUGCAGUAAUGCUACAGCAACAGUGGUGUCAAGAGUUUUAUUAGACCCAACCUAGAAAGAUUAUCAUCCUAUGAACUGUUGUUUGGAGUAGUUUUCACUACAGGAAGUAUAUGCAUUGAUUCCCUGGAAACCAGAGACAAAGUAUUGAAACAAUAUGUGCAUAAACUGUCCAGAUAUUUUGAAGUUCUUAGGAAACAAGAACUAUUAGCCCAAACACCACCUUUGAAGUUUCCAGUCCACAAAUUCAACCACGAUGAUUGGGUGUUGAUCCAGAGCUGGAAGGAAGUUAAACCCCAAGUGAAAGGGCCCGUGCCAGCCCCAAAGGAGUGGAAGGUGGAAUCUCACCAAGGAGAUCCAUUGAAGUUGAUGAU